GGGCUAUGUGUUCGCAGAGAGCUCUGCCGAGCAAGCGCUUGUAGGUUAUAAUGGGUACCACAGCUUCCCUCUAUGUCCUUUAGCCGAGACGGUACUUUGGUCGGAUGACCGGGUCCCAUGACUGCCAACAACCCCCCGGGACUUUUCCCGAGGUUGGCACGGGGAUCGGCGGUGAAUAAUUGAUAGGACAAAGAAAUCACUCAAACUAUUCCAGGCAGUAGUCCAAGAUGGCCAACCCUCAUCAACACCACUCUUGCUGCUCACACGAGGCUCAUAACCAGGAUGACCACCACAUCAAACCAGGGGAAGGAAACCAGGAUUUCUUAUUCUCCAAGAUCGCUCUGGAUCAAGUGACCGGCUAUAACGUCGAGCCCAAUCGCCCGGCGAAAUCGUGUAUAAAACCAUGGGACGAUCGGAUGGAUGAUCAACAAUUUACCGAAUCGGAUAUGGACCAACAGUUGAUCAUCCAGAUACCCUUCACUGGGUCGGUGAAACUGAGAACCGUGAUCAUCCGAACUCUGCCCGGUCAAUUUCGUCCCACUCAUGCUCAUCUGUUUGCAAAUGAACCGACAUUGGACUUUGAUACCCUCGAAUCAAGAAAACCAACUCAAAUUUUAGAUAUCCCAGAGACAACCGAAGUGGUCGAGUUCCCUGUCAGGGUUGCCAAGUUUUCUUCGGUCACUUCGCUCUCGAUAUUCUUCAACUCCACGACACCUGGAGCCGAUAAAAGUCAGGUAUAUUUCUUAGGCUUCAAAGGAGAAUUUACCAAUUUAUCUCGUAAACCGGUCAUUGCGAUCUACGAAGCACAAGCCAAUCCGACGGAUCACCAGAAAAUCAAAGGCUUGAACGAUUCAGUCAACCAUGCGAUUUAACGUUCCCCUCAAAAUGCUCUCACCAAAAAUACUGUCCAAAAAAUAUAAAUCAUAUCCCAUGUUGCACAGCCAGUAGCCACUAUUUAAGCUUCUCUGCUCAAAAUUUUUUGUAAUUGUACUGUCAUGUUAAAUAACAGACCUAGUUGAACCUAUUACCUUACCCCUUUGUUUUGAAUCUCUUAUGUAGGGUAGGAGCCAUUAUUCAUGGAUUGCUGGGCCCUUUCAUGUCAGCUUCUUCUGAGCUGCUUCACCGACUUCCUUCUCAAUACACCCAAGCCUUACUAAAAAUAAUAAAACAUCGAAUUUAGACGGUAUAUACACUUUUGAACUACAAAGUCUAGAUCCUUGAAUUAUUUGUGCUUGAUUAUGUUGAAUUGUUGAUGCAUGCACUGCCAACGUAUAAGCAUCGGAUGUGUGCAUCCCAGAUAAUCUGAGAUGUGUGCAAUCGAUUUAACAUUGGUUGCCCAAAUC